AUUGCUCAAACACAGAAAUUCGUGUUGCGCAUAUUUCGUUUCGGAAAUUUAUAUAACUUCUAAACAGUGUCACCCCAGACACAUAAACAAAUCGAAUUUUAGACAUCUGAACAUUAAAUUUCAGUUAUCCGGAAAACACUGCCCGCCAGCGAUAGAGCAAAAUUGUUGGUUUUUUUGGAAACAAGGCCAGCCAGCGAGAACAUCAACAACAACAAACAACCUGUGCUGUAUUUGGAUUAUCCCAUACCCCACUAAGGCAUCAUGUCCAUCAGACGCGGAAUGGCCACAACGGCCAGCAAGGAAUGGCGGGACUACUUUAUGAGCACCCACUUCUGGGGACCCGUGGCCAACUGGGGCAUUCCGUUGGCCGCCCUCGCCGACACACAGAAGAGCCCCAAGUUCAUCUCGGGCAAAAUGACGCUAGCUCUGACGCUCUACUCGUGUAUCUUCAUGCGCUUCGCCUACAAGGUUCAGCCCCGCAACUGGCUGCUGUUCGCCUGCCAUGCCACCAAUGCCACAGCCCAGUCUGUGCAGGGCCUGCGCUUCCUCCACUAUCACUAUGGCGAAAAGGAUCAGUCGGCGUAAACGCUGCCCAUCAGCUCAACCCACCAACAGACCCCAAUCACGGACGCGCGAUGCCUCUUCAAAUGUUUACCCAACAGCAGCUACAGCAAUUUACUGCCGCGACACGCAACGCACAUGCAAAUUGUACUGGCCCAUCAGUCACCACCAGUGGGGGGCAGUAAUUGCCACAUUAAACACCCGCCCAGCUGGCUGAAUCUCAUCACUGGACAAAAUGAAGUUGUCAUGCCACUGCGCUUGACCUUUGACUGUAGCGUUUAAUGGCGUUUGGAGAGCCCAUCGCACGACACAACCAGCAGCACAAUCCUCGAUUCCAAUUCCAGAUGAGUCUAAACCAAAACGAAGCUACUGCACAUUUUGUUUGUAAAUUGUUGACCUAUGCCAUAACACUAUAACUACUAUAUCGUUCGGCGGCUGAGUGCAAUUUAGUCAAAUUUAGAGAAAAUAUAGAAUAUAAUUUUUAUACGAUUGGCCUUCCAUGUAUAUCUAUCCAUCAAUAUAUGUGGUUUAAAAUUGAAUAAACCCAACUGAGAAUAUAAUUCAAGUGACUUUAAUCUGCCAACUAAGAAAUACAAAAUUUUGCUUUCUGUUUUGUUUAUUUUAUUUUUUUUUGAUUUUGUCAUGCUCUUUUUAACAUGUACUUUAUUCAAACGAUUACGCAUAUAUGUAUAUUGUAUAUAAUAUAAGUGAAUUGUUCAAUUGUUCUUAACAAUAGUACAUACAUAUAUAUAUUUUUUUUGUUGUUUGUGAUUUUUAACAUUUUUUUUUGCUUUGUUCAUCAAUGAGGUUAAAACAAUACAUUUUUUUAUAAUCUCUCUACCCCAUUAUGGAGGGGUUUCAUUUUUUUUUGUGUGAUUUUGUAGUUUUUGGAGAUUACGCUUAGGUUCGAAAACAUUAUACGUGGGAUACAAAAAAACAUGGUGGUAGAAUUUUAAAGUUCUUGCAAACAUAAUAAAAAGUACGUUUUAAAAAUAA